GCAAAAUGUCUGUCAAACUGUAUCCCAAUUUUGUUGCUAAACAUUAGGAGUGAAUGUAAUAAUGCAUUAAUGCAUUGGAAACGACAUACAAAAUAGCAUAGCAUUGAUAGCAUUGAAUGGCAUUAUUGAAUGCUUUUGCGAACCGAUAAUAGGGUUUGAGGUGAGAGUGAGUGCAAAGUGUAUACAAAUUCUCGUCCAUCACAUCCCGAUUGGCCACUCAUUGGCCAUAGAAGAGCACAUCACAAGCCAUUGUGCGGACACUCUAGCCGUGUGUCGCGAGUGUCGGCCCCACUCUUCGCGAGACUCAUCCCAACACAAGAAUCGAUUGAAUUCCAUGUUUACUGUCCUCUCAUUCAACACUUUGCCUUUAAUAAUGUUAUGUUUAUUAUUGUAUUUUUCAGAUACUUGUCGUCCAAACGAUUGACAUUUUGAAGACAACUGAAUGAGCGAUGAUUUAAAACGUGAUUUUGUUUCGUAAUCGCAAUCAAAAGCCAAAGUCAUUAAUAAUAAUAAUUUCAGUGUUUCUUAUUAUUUAUAUACAACUCGUAAUAAUUGUUUUGGCGUUUAGUUUGUCUUCAUUUUGAGUCGUGUUUUGUGUUUCAGUUCUUAUAUUUCCUCAAAGAAGUCGUCAAUAAUCAUGAAAACUGAUCCAAAAUAUUGAAAAUUCAAAUAUUUGUUUAUUUUUUGUUUUGUGUUUUAUUGGGAAAUGCGCUCCAAAUUAGGGCCAACUCUUAACUAGAGAUUUAUAAAUUAAUUUACAAUUUAUUUAAUUAUUAUUUUUAAUAUAAAGAAACAAAUUUUAUGUCCUUUUUGUGUCCAAACAGUUAUUUGUAAUUAAUUUAAUUUGUGCUUAACUUCUGUGAAGAUAUUUUAGUGAAAAGUGUUUUUUGUUUUUGAAUUUUUUGUGUGUAAAUAAUAAAUCAAUUGAGAGAUGACUUCACAUUCACUUCAAGCGCCGACAGCUUUUGUCGACAAAAUAGAUCCGUUCAAAAAGGGGUCGCUUAAGAGAAAGCAAAAGAAAUCUCAGGGAUCGUCCAGAUAUCGGCUCACCUCUGAGGUCGAGUUACAGCCGUUACCGCUCCUCAAAGAUGUGGCGAGUGGUGAACAGGAGGGCCUAUUUAUACGCAAAUUAAGGCAGUGUUGUAUUGCUUUCGAUUUCAUGGAUCCGGUCUCUGAUCUGAAGGGAAAAGAGAUCAAAAGAGCGACACUCAAUGAAUUAGUCGAUUAUAUCAGUGCCGGUCGGGGAGUGCUUUCUGAACCAACUUAUCCCGAGAUUAUUAGAAUGAUAUCCUGCAAUUUAUUUCGAACAUUACCUCCGAGUGAAAACCCAGACUUUGAUCCCGAAGAGGACGACCCGACACUGGAGGCCUCGUGGCCUCACUUGCAAUUAGUUUAUGAGUUUGUUCUCCGUUUCCUCGAAUCGCCAGACUUUCAGCCAACAAUCGGAAAGAAAGUGAUUGACCAGAAAUUUGUUCUUCAGUUGCUGGAAUUGUUUGACAGCGAAGAUCCACGAGAACGAGAUUUCCUGAAAACUGUUUUGCAUAGAAUUUACGGCAAAUUUUUAGGUCUUCGAGCGUUCAUUAGAAAGCAAAUCAAUAAUAUAUUCUUGAGGUUUAUAUACGAAACGGAACACUUCAAUGGUGUGGGAGAACUGCUCGAGAUAUUAGGGAGUAUAAUAAAUGGUUUCGCAUUGCCUUUAAAGACAGAACACAAACAGUUUUUGGUCAAAGUUCUCAUUCCUCUACAUAAGCCUAAAUGUUUAGGUCUAUAUCACGCUCAAUUGGCGUAUUGUGUCGUUCAGUUUCUUGAGAAAGACGCCACUCUAACUGAACACGUGAUCAACGGUUUACUCAAAUUCUGGCCAAAGACUUGUAGUCAGAAAGAAGUGAUGUUUUUGGGAGAGAUUGAGGAGAUUCUCGAUGUGAUCGAACCCUCGCAGUUCGUGAGAGUUCAAGACUCUCUCUUCAGACAGAUUUCCCGAUGUGUGUCGAGUCCUCACUUUCAGGUGGCCGAACGGGCGCUAUAUUUCUGGAACAAUGAAUAUAUUCUGAGUUUAAUAGAAGAGAACAGUGCAGUAAUUAUGCCGAUUAUGUUCCCGGCGUUGUAUCGCAUCUCUAAAGAGCAUUGGAAUCAGACUAUCAUUGCAUUAGUAUAUAAUGUGUUGAAGACCUUCAUGGAAGUCAACUCCAAACUCUUCGACGAGUUGACCGCCUCUUACAAAACCGAACGACAAAAAGAGAAGCGGAAAGAGAAGGAAAGGGACGAACUAUGGAAGCGUUUAUCACAAUUAGAACUGAACCAUAAGGCAAAGAUAGGGUCGACAUUAUCUCCAACACUGACCACUACUUCAUCGUCAUUCAGUCCAAUCGGAUCACAACUGAGUGCCGGUCGCGGCGGCGGCGGUAUAUCAUCGGGUGUGGCGCCAGUGAUGGCACCAGUUGUGAUGAACAGAAGCCGAAGCCACGAUCCACACCAUUGGGACCCAAUGAAUACGAACGCUUGAUAUUAAUGAGUAUUAUUGAGGUCUUCGAUAGUUUAGUGGAAAACAGAUUAUUAUCACAAACAAAAAUAGUAGGAAAUAACGAUUGAACUGAUGUUUCGCUCAUUUGAUUCAAACUUUUCAUAAUUGAAAUUAGAGACGAUUUAUGCAUACAUUUCGACAUUUGUUUUCCCAGUCUAUAGAGAUUUGAACUCAAAAAACCAAUUGAGAGGAAAUAACUAUAAAUAACACUAAAAUAACUUUAAAUUCUAAUUUCCAGAAAAGCAGAAAAAUUUUGUUUGUCUUUUAAUUUAAUUAUUAAAUCCUUAUUUUGAGCUUAAAAACAAAAGCAGACCUUAGAGUACAGCACUCUCUCCCGGAGUGCUCUCUUCUUCGGUGGUGUCAUUGAAUGUCAUUUAAAUUGUUAUUUAAUUAAAUGUAAUUAUAUUUAGUUAACAAUUACUAAAAAGCAUACAAACAGACAAAUCGCACGAUUUGUUGAAUAUUGUUAGUAAUUGAGGAUCGAAUUGACGCCAAUGUUAUGAUUAUAACAUCUUUUGUUAUUAAAUAUAGAUUGAAAACCAAACCAUAAAAUAUUUGAUUCAACAAAACAACAAAAAUACCAAUAGUUUGUUAAACAAAGAGAAAAAACAACAAAAGACUAAUUAAUUAAAGAAACGGCAAAUUUUACACUUCAUUCCCAUUUUCGAUACCUUUCAAUAUAUAAUGAAAUGACAAAUAAUUUUAAUAUUUGGCU